AUGGGAGGCGAGCGGGCUCUCAGCAGAGGCCAGCUUAGCCCGCGGGAGCUGCCUCUGAGCAGCGGGCGGGAGGGCAGUGCCGCCCUGUGGCCGCCGGGCUUCGCGGAUCGCGGCUCUCCGCACACGGGUCGCAGGACCACGCCGGGCACCUCCAGCACCCCAAGUCCGCGGGAGCGCACGCGGGCCCUGAUGCGGGACUUUCCGCUUGUGGACGGGUGGCUGCAGUGUGUGCGGGCUGGUGGGGGCCGCCACAACGACAUGCCCCUGGUCCUGAGGCAGUUUUACCACAAUGGGCUACAGGAUGUUAAUCUGUGCAAUUUUAGCCAUGGCCAGACCAGCUUGGACAGGCUGAAAGACGGUCUCGUGGGUGCCCAGUUCUGGUCAGCCUACGUCCCAUGCCAGACCCACGAACGGGAUGCUGUGCGCCUCCCCCUGGAGCAAAUUGACCUCAUCCGCCUCAUGUGUGCCUCCUAUUCUGAGCUGGAGCUUGUGACCUCAGUUAAAGCUCUCAACAAUACCCGGAAGUUGGCUUGCCUCAUUGGUGUGGAGGGCGGCCACUCACUGGACAGUAGCCUCUCCAUCUUGCGUACCUUCUAUGCGCUGGGUGUGCGCUACGUGACACUCACCCACACCUGCAACACGCCCUGGGCACAGAGCUCAGCAAAGGGUAUCCACCCCUUCUACAGCAAUGUCAGUCGGCUGACCGGCUUUGGCGAGAAGGUGGUGGCAGAAAUGAACCGCCUGGGCAUGAUGGUGGACUUGUCCCAUGUCGAUGCUGUGGCACGGCGAGCCCUAGACGUGUCACAGGCACCUGUCAUCUUCUCCCACUCAGCUGCCCGGGGUGUGUGCAAGAACACUCGGAAUGUUCCUGAUGAUAUCCUGCAGCUUCUGAAGAAGAACGGUGGCAUCGUGAUGGUGUCCUUGUCCGUGCGGGUGCUGCAGUGCAACCCGUUAGCCAACGUGCCUACCGUGGCAGAUCACUUCGACCACAUCAGGGCAGUCAUUGGAUGCAAGUUCGUCGGGAUUGGCGGAGAUUAUGACGGGGCUGGCCGGUUCCCACAGGGGCUGGAGGACGUGUCCAUAUACCCGGUACUGAUAGAGGAGUUACUGAGGCAUGGCUAGAGUGAGGAAGAGCUCUGGGGUGUGCUUCGAGGAAACGUGCGGCGGGUCUUCAGACAGGUGGAACAGGUACGGGAGGAGAACGAGGGACAGAGUCCCUUGGAGGAUGAGUUUCCAGAUGAGCAGCUGGGCAGCUCUUGCCGCUCCGUCCUCCCACGUCUGCAUCAGAGAGAGGAUCUGGCUCCAGACCAGAAACUAACCAGAGCUGCGGUUCGUGGGAAUCCCAUUUUGUCACCUAAGUGGUCAUUCUCAAAAUCUUGCCCCCACAUGGGCCCAGGCCUCACAGUUAUUGGCUUCCCAGUCCUCAUUGUUUGGCUCUGGUGA